AUGAAAUCGCAUGCACACACACUUUCUAGAAGGCUGAUCUACUUUUCCUUUGUGUUUUUUUUUUUUUUGGUGGGAUUUUGGUUUUUAGGUGCUACAUGGUGUGUUUGCAAAGAUGGACUGAGUGACGCAGUGCUGCAGAAGUCACUGGACUUUGCCUGUGGAGCUGGGGCUGAUUGUAACCCUAUCCAUCAAGCUGGGUCCUGUUUUAAUCCCAACACUGUUAAGAACCAUUGCUCCUAUGCUGUUAACAGCUACUUCCAAAAAAAGGGCGAAGCUCAAGGCACCUGUGAUUUUGCUGGCACUGCUGCCAUUUCUACAUCUGACCCUAGCAGUACUGGUUGUCCAUACCCUUCUAGCGCCAGCACUGCAGGCACCAGUACAACUCCUGUGACAACAACACCAUCCACCACCACACCAUCAACCACACCCUCAACCACACCCUCAACCACAACUCCAUCUACCACCACACCCACAACCACCACGCCAACAACCACCACGCCAACAACCGCAUCUCCUUACACAACAACAACACCUUCCAAUGGAGUGCUAGGAGGCAUUGGUACCGGCAUAGGUCCAUCAGGAGUUGGCAUCAAUACAGAUGACAGUCAUGGUGGGCUUAGACUUGCAGACACCACAUUCUUCUCUUUCUUCAUGACCAUCUUGUUUACAGGCUUGAUGUUUUGCUGGAGUUGAAGAGAAGGAGUGGCUGCCUAUGAUGGUGGAGGGGUAAGGUGGUCAGAGGUGAUGCUGCAUUUCAAUGUGCAUGUGAUUGGUUGUUGUUCUGAAGGUGUUCAUGUUAUCUUGCUAGGUUUUGUAUUUUUCUUCUCCCUCCUACUUAAGUAAAAUUUGGGCUUAUGAUUCCUUUUGGUAGUUUUGUUGUGUUGCUGGUGGGACUAUGAGAGUUCUCUUUUGCUCUCCUUUUUUCCUCUUUUUGUGCAUCUAGAUCUAGAAGAUUUAUUAGUAAUUAUUAAUUUUAUGAGAGUUGGGCAGCC